AUGGCCCCGAUCCAGCCCCCCGAGCUCGACCUGGCCAAAUGCUUCACCGGCGAACAGCAGCUAGUCACCUGGGAUAUUGCCUACCGCGCCCUCUGCGACCCCGAAACCGCAUCGAGGAGUGACGCCCUGCGCGCGUUCCUCACCUCCCCGGCCAAUGUCGAGACGCUCAGCCGACCAUGGAAGCCCUUCCCAGACCCGUCAACGCAGGAGAAGAACCAAUUCGACUCCAAGACAGCUCCAAUCAACGUCACACCUGCGCCCAACGCACAUUACGACAUCGAAGAAAUCAAGCGCGACAGCCUGUGGCUCUCCAAAGAGGCGCAAAUCUCAGAGUAUGCCGCCCUGCAGAUUGUAGUCCAGGAAUGGCAAGGUCGCUCUGCCACCCAGCUGCUAAGUGGCCUCACCGAAGAAGAGGCGCUGAGCGUUCAGGACGCUGCAGGAAUGGCCAAUCUAGGUGCAUCCACCUUCAUGCCCAACUCAUCUAUCCUCACUAGGCCGCUGGCCUCGCGGAACAACGAGCUCAAGGCAGACCAUCUCCGCCAGCUGCGCAUCAUUGCAACCUACCACUCCACCUGUGCUUCCAUCAUCCGUGUCAGCCAACUCCUCGUCUCGUGGGGGUCGGCCUCGCAAUUGCGCAGUCACACUAGCUAUGGCAACAAUUACAUGAGCGUGGGCGCUGGCUGGAUCGAAGAGCUCGGACAGGCCGUAGCCACGAGACAAAAUGGCGCUUCCACAGAUUCGGGCGCAAAAGCGCUCGAUGAAUGUCUCAAGGCCGUGGUCAAGAGGGCCGACUCGUUAGACAGUGGUUGCGACUUUGCAGUCGACCCGUCCAUAUGGGAAACCGUCUCAGAGUACUGGGUAGUCGCGCAGACCACAGAACUGCUCCAUCUUUUGCAUCUCGCCUUCGUUCAUGCCGACUUAAUUGUCAAAGGGUUUGUUCCUGCCGUCACUGUCGAAGAUUGGCUCACAGCUUUUGCCGGCCGUGGCUUUUUCCGUGACUUUCCUGUCGUCAGUCCCCGACAGGCACCUCUCAUCCCGGUCAUACAGGUCUUGGUUUCUUUGGUAUCCCUAGCUAUUCUUAAAACCAACGUCAUUGUCGACGAUCUUUCAUCCGGAGAUUACAAACACUGGGACCCGUCCUGUUACGCUCUCAAUACAGGUAUUGUCGAGAGCAUAACAAACAUUUUUGCACAGGCCUUGAUGCUAGAACACAGUCCUGCUACGCCUGCCAUUCUUGCCUGGAGUGUGCUGACCUUUGUACUCUGUCAGCGAGCGACUGAGGAGGAACAGGAGCGUGAGCGCCUACUUGAAUUCAGUCAACCCUCCCAGGAUCCCAUGCCUUCCCCCUCGGCGCUCGAGGAGUGUGCCUCGGCCGUCCGUGGAAUGAGCGAUCCGGAUCUGUUUAACGACAGGCCGCCAUAUGAGGCAAUGAUUCUAGCAACCUUGGCCCUGGAUGUGUUCGCUAUCGUCACCCAGUUCACCGAGAUCGGUGUGCCUGCUUUCGGAACCGACAUAGACCGUGUCUCCCGGGAUCGACUUCGACUCUUGUACCUUCAAUUGAUGAGGAUUACGCUAGGAAACAAUGUGGUUAGCUACUCUGAUGUUUUGGUUGCGAGCACAUGCACAAUCCUUGCUGGGGAAAAGACAUUUCGCAACUGGGUAGAUUCCGAUCCUUCUCAGCAGUCAGAUCCGGUCGUAGCAUACUUCCUCGAAGACGAGGAUGUUUUGAGACCUGCGCUUCUCGACUAUUCCCGCUUGCGAUACCCCUACGAGACGGAGCCCUUCUUGCAGUUCUGCAGUGUUCUGACCCGAGGCGACAAAACUUUGCAGAAUGGGAUGCCGACAUUCGUUGAGAAGCUUACAAACGCAAAUCGGCUGAUGCAAGCUAUACCGCCAGGAUUUACGGGCUACAAAUUGACUCGUGAAGAAGAGAACAAGGAUUGGGUCGUUCUCACAGAAGAUCUCUCUCUGUUCAUGCCCAAGCCAGCAUCGAGCAUUGGCAAUCAAGGCCGCUUGCUUCUGUCAAGCACAUCAACACAAAGCGAGGAAACCAUGAGAAUAGCGGCAGGGACCGAAGGGAUCAGGCUAGAUGGAGGCAAACAACCAGAAGUCGCGAUAUGGUACCACCAACAUGCCACAUUGCCCUACCUAUGCCAGCUGCUGUCUACCUAUCCAAUUGGAAGUCAGACCGUCGAGAGCUUCUCACAACUACCGGCGCCUCGGGAGAUUGUCAGCGAGAUCAUCGGAUUCUUUGCAGAUUUGCUGCACUCAUCUCUGCGAUCCUCCGAGGGAAUCUGCUCAGAUGAGUUAUUAGAGCACCUCGACAUCAAUCCUGACAGAAGUCGAGAUACCCUCAGUAUCAUGCUUGCCAUAUUCGAGGAAGAACUGUUGUAUCUUGCAAAGGAACCAAAUAACGAGGCCUCAUUGGAGCUCCUGGUCAAGUGCACACACUUCCUGGAAGCCAUGGUCAUCAUCACUCCGCACAGAGUAUGGCCUUGGCUGGCUAGGAGCCGUUUGCUCGAAGGUGAUGGUAGCGGAAGUCUAGCUACGAUUUUGAUUGGUACAGAGAUGGUGCUCGGCCGUUAUGACUUCCUCAUUGGAUGCAUCAGGAUUUACAAAGGCCUUGUGAAGGAUGCCGUCGAGCGUUCUGUUUCUCGCAAAGUCCCCACAAAAGCACUCAGUCGAUUCAAUGCACCAGCACCUUCAGAAAGCGGCACUUCCGACAAGAUUAUAAGCACUGUUCUCUUCACCUUUGGCAGGACGUUGGCAAGCAUAUACGAGACCUCGCUGAGCUGGAAAUACUCACAGCCCGAGCACCGCCCAGAAAUUAACAUUGCGAUUUGCGAGAUUUUCACCACGAUACUCAAGUUCGCGUACGGCGUAGAUGAUGCACCCCAACUCUCCGUCAAGCUCACAAAGUCCAUCGCACCGAUUGCUGAGUAUCUCACCCAGCUAUACACUACCCCAUCAAACAGCGAUGUCCUCACCAAUCCUAUCUUAUCGGCCUUGGUGAUUGGUGUCAGUACUGAUGACAUGACACUGCUUACUAGCUCAAGUGCUUUGUGGACCCGACAAACGCGCACCACGUUGAUUUUCUCUGACAUACUUGUCAGAAUUUCCAUAUUACUAAACAAGCCUUGGACACAUCUCGAACAGCAGCUGUUCAAGGCGACACCUCUUCUAGCACGCUUGUACGCGACGAGCGACGCUUGGAAAUCACAGGUUGUGUUACUUUUGGAGGCGCUUGUUCGUGGCGCUGUUCGUGUCAUUGAACCGCGCGAUUCUGAGAUGGCCGGGCAGGAUGCCACUCGGACAGUCCGUAAACAGAAAGAACAUCAAGAACCACCUUCACUUUUAGGUCACUUGGGACCACGAACCGCAAAGAACUUCCUGAGUGUUUUGUCUCAGUUAGACGAGCCUCUGCGGAUUGUAGACAUUCAGAUCAAUGUGUGGAAUCUGUUGUCUGCUGUGGUGACAUGUAAACAGCAGUGGUUCUCGUUAUAUCUUCUUACUGGUAGCACUCCGCGCGAGUCUCUACGCACCAAGUCUGACGCAGCUUCAAGUACGAGGAACCAGGCACUGCUUACACGCGCCCUUGAUUCGAUUUCUGGUCUAGUACUACCGGAGAAGGAGGCCUCCAAUAUCUCGUGGCCACUAUACACGGCCAUGCUUGAGUUCGUCUCGUCAGCACAAAACAACUGGUCAUGGGCAAUGGGCGAUCUUCGCGAUCGCAAAGACCUCGUCCAGAAGUUGCUCGGCUUUCUGAAAUGGAUGGCAAGGCAGCCCAAGAACUUACGGACCAAUAACGAGAUCCUGGAGCGCUCAUACCAGAACAGAUUCGCAUCUCUGGCUUGCGAAGUCAUAUCCAUGUACCUCCACAGCUCACGACAGGUAGGAGAUAUCACGGUUCUCAAAUCUGUGGUACCAAGUCUUGAAUAUUUAGAGGAGAACGCUUUGGACCUGCCAACGUACAACUCGUCUUUGCACAGCUAUUUGCAGAAGAAUCUCGAGAAGCAGUAUCCUGGUGUUUCCCUUGCGAACCUCAAACGCACAACACUGUAUCCCGAGGUCUUCGGUAAGGCCUUCUUUUACGAUCCAGAGCUCGGACAACGACUCUUGAGCUUUGAUAGCAAAUGGUUGGGGCCAAAAGAAGGGACCGGCAUUGCCAGCGACCUCGAGAAAGCCAACUUCAACCUCGGUUUGGUAGAAUCGCAAAUACUCCUGCUCCAAGGGUGGAAGCUGCUUGCCCUUGAAUUGAGUUGUGUCGUUAGCAAGGAUGAGCGUCUGGUGAAGGUGCUGAACGGCGUCAUAACAAAAUGCAUGCUCGCCAACACACAAACCAACCUUCCGGAAGCUCUCUUCGGUCAGCUCAUGAUUGUCCGCGCCGACCUCGCCUUUGCUCUUCUCAAGAAACUUGUCGACGCUAAAGUGUCGUCGGCAGAAACACGAAAACUGCUCACGCCUGUCUGGAACGCGAUCCGGGCCACUACGGCAGACUUUGACAGCGUCUUCUCUAGCGACAGUGUCUACUACUAUCGCUCCCUGCUUCGCAUCCUUUACCUCGUCCUACACUUCCACCUCGUCUCCGACAACGACGACAGUGAAGAAACAAACUUACGCUCAAGUUUCCGCGGUACAGUGCCCGCAAGUCACAACACAUAUACCGAAUCUAUUUCGACUCUGCUCCUUGAAAUUCUAACAGACACGGUCGCCAGGGGCUUCCGCAGUCUGGCGAACCAACUCCAUGCCGAGCCGUCCUCGGUCUUACCAGCAGAUUUCGCCUUGUUGACCGCGCUGUUGCAACGUAUCCUCGCAAUCCCAGAAAUGAGCAAGUGGCAGUCUCAAGCUGCGCUGUUGUUUGCAAAUCACAACACGACCCGUUAUGCGACAUCCCUCUUCUCCUGGGCUGACAAGCUCACCGUCAAUCACAACGGCGUGCAAGACCCUGUGUAUGGAGAACUCAGUAUCUUAUUCCUCCUCAGCCUCUCUUCUAUUCCUGCGCUUGCCGAAACCAUGGCUGUAGAUGGUGUACUCUCCCAACUCAACACGGCCAAUAUCACAUGCUACUUCCGGCGGGCGGGGGGCAUGGGACCGUUCGAUACGCCAGCACGCAUGCACAGUAUCUGGACGAAGGGCGUGUUACCGCUCUGUCUAAACUUGCUGCUGAGCGUCGGACCGCCCAUUGCGGCAGAGAUAUCGUCCUUUCAGCGCGUCAUCGCGGGCGGCCCACGCCAAAAUCACGUUUGGAACUGUGUCGGAAAUCCACUCGUUGGCCCUCUUGGCUACGAUUAUCGAGGAUGUAAGGCGGCAGGGCCCGAAGCUAGGGAUCCAGAGCAAUGA